UUGAAAGCCACAAACCCCAGAAGGAAAUGUAGGAGAACGGUGGGAGGACAGUGACAAGAAACCUCAUGACCUCAUCCUUUCCGCCUCGUGGGGAUUGGUCAGCUCGUGUCUGGAAGAAGAGUUUAAAUUCCAGAGGUCUGCAGACGGAAAGGCAACAGAACAGGAGAAGGACGAUCACGCACCAUCUGAGUGAAUGAUCCCAGGAUUGCCUUGAGCUUCUCCAUACAAACCAGCAGACCUCUGCUUCAGACUACACUUCGGAUCCAGACAAACGUAAGUCAACUGCAAAUCCAUCAUGAUGAAGAUUGCUGUUCUGUGCAUGUGUCUCUUUGCCAUCACCUUGGCAUAUCCAGUUGGCAAACACCAUGAUUCAAAGAGUUCUGAAGAUUAUCAUGUUGCCAAGCAUCAUCAUGAACACCAUACUCACGGGCAUCACCACCAUCACUCACAUAGCCAGGAGCACAGCCAGGAGCAUGUGAACAGCCACGAGUCUCAGGAGCAUCAGGUGUCCUCCCAGCCGGCCUCUCUGUCCUCCGAAGAAAGCGAUGAGAUCACUGAGCAACAGACCCUUCUGGUGCCUCAAAGCGAGAGCAAGGAAGAUGACGACGACCAUAGUGAUGUGGACGAUGAUGACCAUGACGAUUCGGAUGAGUCGGAUGAGUCACACGAAAACGGCGUCACAGAUUACCCUACCGAGGCUCCUUUUUCCUUGCCUGUCACUCCUGAGGUCUUUACUGGCAGAGGAGAUGUACCUUACGGAAUGAAGUCGAAAGUUGACCUGGUACAUUUUGAGAAAUCCGUAAAGGCGCACAAAAGAUCUGGAAAGUUUGAUUCUCAUGAUGUUUCGGAUGAUGUGGACAGCAUCCCAGACGUGGAGAGCCGUGAAUCCCAUUCCUCCAAGUCACAUUCUGUUGAAAGCCAUGACACAAGCCUUGAAAGUGAUGAUGCAAGUCACCUGAGAGACAGCCACGAGGUCCACGAUAAGAGCAUGGAGAACGACAGCCGCCAGAAACUUGAGAGUGCCGAGGAACCCCAUGACGACAGUGACCACGAUGACAGCCACGUAUCCAUGGAAAGCCAUGACAGCAGAGAGUACAAGAAGGCCCUCAGUGGGAUACUGCAAGAGGCACAUCAUGACCAUUAUGCUGACAGCGUCAGCAACCAAACUUUCGAAAGUGCUGAGGAUCACCACCACAGCGCUGAAAAUCACCACAGUGCCGAGGGCCAGCACCACAGCGCUGAGGAUCAUCACCACAGCGCUGAAGAUCACCACCUCAGCGCUGAAGAUCACCACCACAGCACUGAGGAUCACCACCACAGCGCUGAGGACCACCACAGCAUUGAGGACAAUGAGGUCACCCUCUAAGUGGAUAAGCAGGCAGGCUCCUGUCUCCACACCUAUCUAAGAGCACUCCCCAGAUUUUUCGCAUGUGUGGGUACAGCUAGGAUUGGAGCCCAAAUUCAUAACAGGUGGCUUUUUCUGGGAUAUUUUUUUUAAUUUGUUUUGCUGAGUGCGUGAAGGAGAGAAGUGUGAGAAAGGCAAUGCAAUUUCUACUUGAAUGUUUGCUCCCAAUUCUAUGCAUAUCACACGUUUGAUUUCAGCAAUCAUAGCAGUUUUCGGCAGCAGUGUUAACCAGGCAAAUGCAGAGCCUGAUCCAGCGCAUGUUUACUUGGAAGUAAGCCCCACAGAUUUUGGUGCAUGCUUACUGCUAGGUAAGCAUGCUGAGGAUGUCAACCUUAAGUGUGCAGAACUAGCUGUCCUGUCCAUUAUAGAACUGUAAGCCCUUCUUGCUGCAUAUUUUCCUGCUCUGUCUCAUAGGGGGUUGUGAUGCAGGAGAGAGAGAGAGAGAAAGAGAGAGAGAGAAAUCUAGCUUUACAAUCAGAGUGAAUGUUGCAUCUCAUGAUACUGUAGUACCAAAGGAUUUACUGUUGCAAUGUAUAUUUUGUUGACAAUUGUGAGUUAAAUAAAAAAACAAAACCUUA